GCGGUGAACUUCCGGUCUCCCCGCGCACGCUUUCCUUCCGCGGUCUUGUGAAACGACUGUUGUACGACUAACUGUGUCGGUAUAUAGAAAAUAAAGACAAAAUGAGUAAAGCACAUCCACCGGAGUUGAAGAAGUUCAUGGACAAGAAGCUCUCAUUGAAGCUGAAUGGAGGCAGACAUGUGCAGGGCAUCCUGCGUGGAUUCGACCCGUUUAUGAACCUGGUGGUGGACGACUCUCUGGAGAUGGGCCCAGGAGGACAACAGAACAGCAUUGGCAUGGUGGUCAUCAGGGGAAACAGCAUCAUCAUGUUGGAGGCCUUGGAGAGAGUAUGAGAGAGGAGGAGACGGCUGCAGAUGGAGAAGAGAAUGAUCUACACCUUUUUAUCACAUUCUGUUAUCCCUUUUAGUUACUUGUUUGAAAGAGGCAAAGGAGUUGUGUGUCUUUGAAUUGUAACAUGUCUGUCUGAUUUUGACAGAUGUUUCUGUUUGGACGUAUUUUGAAUUGCGUGAUCUUGUGAAUAAAUCAGUUUUUCUUUGUA